AUGGCUUUCUCAAAGUCUAUCAUCCUUGCCGCUCUCCUGGCCUACGCCGAGGCCCGAUUCGGUCAAGAGCAGGAGCCUGUUGCUGCUGUCCAGGCACUUGGUGAUGCUGGAUUCGGUGACCCUGGUGUCGCUGCCACUAUUGCUGGCAGCAUCCCUGGCGCUCUGCUCGCAGCUGCUAGCCCUUGUGACAAGCUCACUAUCGCCGAUCAGAUGAUCACCGAGUUGGGAACUGAUCAGCAAGUUCUCGACGCAGCUAUUGGUCUUGUUGCAGCUGAGACCAACUUCAACCCUUCAGCUGUUGACAGACCUUUCGUCUGCGCUGACCCCAGCCUACCAGCCACUGCUGCCCUUCGCGGCAUUGUCCCUCUCGUUGACCCUGCUGUUGACGGUGCAGCCACUGAGAAUGCCAACUCGGCAACCUCAGUCACAACUCCUUUCGAUGCUGCUGGCCUAUCACAGGCUGAGGUGAUGAUCGCUCAGGGAUUCAGCACCUUCACAGCCGUUGGUGCUAACGGAGACCAAGUCCAGCUUGGCGGCCAAGACGGCGCUGCCGCUGGUGGUGCCGGUCAAGACGAUGGCCAAGAUGACGGCACCGGUGCUGGUGCUGGUGCUGGUGCUGGUAAUGGAGGAGCUGCCAACAAUGGCACUGCUCCCGCUGAUGGCCAGCAGGGCAAUAAUGGCUCGGAUAACGCCCAGGAUGGAAACAACGCAAAUGACGAUGAGGAUUGCGAAGAGGAUGGUAACAACAACAACAACAACAACAACAACAACAACAACAACGGCAAUAACAACAACAAUGGCAACAAUGGCAAUGCUAACAACGGUAAUAAUGGAAACAACAACAACGGUAACGGCAACGGCAACGGUAACGGUAAUAACGGAAAUGGAAACCAGAACAACCAGGGCGGAAACAAUGGCAACAACGACAAUGCUCAGGAUGGUCAGGAUGAUGCUGCAGAUGACAACAAUGCUGGAAAUGGUGCCGGUAACGGUGGAAACGCUGGCGGUAAUGCUGGCGGUAAUGCUGGCGCUCUCGACUUCGGUGUCUGCCAGCCUACAAUGGCUCGCGUUGGUGGCCUCAAUGGUCGCCCAGCUGACGAGUUCACCUUCAUUCCCCAGGAUCCUCUCAUCGCUGAAGGCCAGCAGGAGGCUCUCAACCCCAACAUCAUUACCAACCGUAUCUGUGAUCAGCUCACCAACGUGUGUGACGCUAGUGCCGAUGCUGUGGCUGCUUGUGAGGAUGCUCAGGCUCAGAUUGAGGCUUUGGGAACACGGGAUCAAAGCACCGCUGACACAUGGAACGCCCUGCUUGGCUUCGACGGUGUUGAUUCUACUCAGCAGCAGGUUUGA